CACUUUGUGGUUGGUUUUUGCACGUUUACUAAUUCAUCGCAAUAUUUCGAAUCUACUUGUCAAAUAAUACCAUUCGAUUCUAUUUACAUUCUACGCAUUUUCAUAUAUAUUUAAAAUUGCGAAUCGGUGCAUACCGUAUGUACGACAUGCACGUAUUGAUUGCAAAUGACAUUACACACACACAUACACUCGUCCUCUUGUCAAGUAUAUAUUGGCGUUGGUCGUUAUCUAUUACAAAUAAAUAAAAUACGAAGCUACAAUAAGCAUCAAUCAUCUUUACGCUAUAAAUAUUUGAAGAAAAAUAUGUUUAAUAGCGUAAAGCGUUCACUAAGAUAUAAUCCAAGUAAAUUUGGUUAUCAGUUAUUAGCCCAUUUCUCAGCAGAAACGACAGUUAAGAGCGAUCCAACGCAACGAGAAUGCACACGAAAUGCUUAUCCACAUGCCAUGUGUGGACAACCUACAUCAAUAACGCAUCCUCACUUAAUAAAAUAUGGAGAAGUACUGCCAGGUAUAUCGCUUCAGGAGCUUGAGAGAAGACGUUCCAAGUUAGUAGAAAGCAUUACGCUAGCAAUGCAUACUAAGAAUAUACAUAAGCAACAAAUUCUCAUCAUACCUGCGUCGUCUAAAAUCUACAUGUCCGACAAAAUACCAUAUAUCUUUCGACAAAAUACAGACUUUCUGUAUUUCUCUGGAUGCCAAGAACCAGAUAGUAUCUUAGUGCUCACAUGCAAGGAAGAUAAGUCGUCGUUCACUUUAUUUGUGAGACCAAAAGACGAACAUUCAGAAUUAUGGGACGGUCCGAGAACUAGCGUUGAAACAGCAGCUGAAAUAUUUGGAAUGGAUCAUGCUUUGCCGAUUACAAAAUUUGAACAGUUUAUGUCUUCACUCAUUCAGGAGGAUAAGAAAAGCAUUAUAUGGUAUGAUCACGCUGAUGUUAUUCAACCGAUUUUACAUAAGAAGCUAUGCCAAUUGAUUAAACUGACGGACAAUGAAAUAUUUGCUUCUCCCAAGACUUUGUUUCAUCAAAUUCGCUUGAUCAAGAGCGCUUGCGAAAUCAAUUUGAUGCGCGAAAGCUGUCAAAUAGCUUCCGACGCUAUUAUAAAAACAAUUCAAUCUUCAAAACCAGAGAUGAGUGAACAUCAAUUAUUCGCUACUGUAGAUUACGAAUGUCGUAUGCGCGGAGCUGAGCAUUUGGCGUAUCCUCCUGUUGUAGCAGCGGGCAGGAAUGCAAACAUAAUACAUUAUAUCAGUAAUAACCAAAUUAUUCGAAAUGGUGAUUUGGUUUUAAUGGAUGCAGGCUGUGAAUAUCAUGGUUAUUCAUCCGAUAUAACGAGAACAUGGCCGAUUAGCGGAAAAUUUUCACCAGAGCAAAGAGUCCUUUACGAAAUAGUGCUCGAUGUGCAAAAAAAUUUAAUAGAGACCCUGAAAAAUAUGCCAUCGUUGGACAAUGUAUUUCGUCAUAUGUGCUUUCUUCUGGGCAAAAGAUUACAAGAAAUUAAUUUGAUACCGAAGAACAUAGACGAAGAGAAGUUAUUAACAGCCGCGUACACAUAUUGUCCGCAUCAUGUCAGUCAUUAUCUAGGAAUGGACGUGCAUGAUACAGGGAAAAUAUCUAGAAGCAUAAGGAUACAACCUGGAAUGAUAAUAACCAUAGAACCUGGUAUAUAUAUAAGCCCAAAAAAUCUUCAUGCACCGUCACACUUUCAUGGAUUAGGUAUUCGUAUAGAAGAUGAUAUCUUAGUGACAGAAAACGGUUCAGAAGUUUUGACAAAAAGUUGCCCAAAGGAGAUAGCAGAGAUUGAAACUCUAGCAAGUCAAAAUCAAGGAUGUUAUUAAUGUUGACAAUUCAAACGUCCAAUAUACAUGCAGUAAGGUGUUUCUUUAUUUACAUGUAUAUAAAAAAAUAUAAGUAUUUACGCGAAUAUCGCAUAUUAAUUGUGUACAUGAAAAAUUGCAACCUCGUAUAAUUUUCUCCUUUCCAUACAUAUUUGGAUAUAUUCAACAAAAUCCAACUUUCCACAUUUCUUUAAAUUCCAUUCUUAUUUAAUUGCAAAAUAUCUAUUUACCUGAUAGAUAUAAUGCUAGAAUAGCUCAAAUGUUUCAAAAUAUGGACAUUUCUAUAUGUAAAUGUAUGUAUGCAUAUGUAUAUAGAUAUAUCUAUGUAUAUAGAAAUCACUUUCGGUUUUUCAAUUCAGACAUAGCAUCUCUUUUAUAUUUAUAUAAACAUAUUUGUAACCUAUUAUGUGUUUACAUAAGUUUCAUAUUACUCAAAAAUUUUUUCAAGUGGAAAUAAAUGAAUAUUACAUACUUGAACCCAAUAAAGAAUUAUUAGAAUCAAUAAUAAUAAAAUGUAUACGAAAAGAGCAAACACAAUCAUUGAUAUAAUAAAAUUCACAGUUAUAACUAGCAGUCUAUGAUACAAUCAUAUAUGAAACAUUAGUAUUAAUAUUUUUAACACAACAAAAAUCUAUAUAGAUGUAUGGCACAUAUAAUAGGUUGCAUAAAAUAUAAAGGAAAAAAAUCGAGAAUGAUUACUUUAUAUAAAAUAAAUCAAGAGUAUACCAAAUGAAUUAAUAAAAAUUCAAAUAU